ACCUCCCACAGGGAUCCCCGCAGAUGGUACGAAGGGACAUCGGACUGUCGGUCACGCACAGGUUCUCCACCAAGUCCUGGCUGUCCCAGGUCUGCCACGUGUGCCAGAAGAGCAUGAUGUUCGGAGUGAAGUGCAAGUACUGCAGGUUGAAAUGUCACAACAGGUGUACAAAAGAAGCCCCCGCCUGCCGAAUCUCCUUCCUGCCACUAAAGACGGAAAAUUGCACAAGCCAGUUCCCAGACACCAGGCUGCUGGAGUGUGUGCCUGUGUACAUGCUUGGACCCUCUCUCGAGUGUCAGUCCGAAAGGACCUCAGUGUCCAAGCCAGGGCUCGAGAGGGACCAGCAGGUCCGGCCCCCGCCGUCUGUCGGCUGUCUGCUUCCCUGCUGCCUCUCCCAGGACCAAGUGAAUCAAAGCGAGUGUUUGGGCCCUUUGUUAGAUUUACCCAGGGAGCCCCUUGCCUGCCCCGGGGGUCGCCCUGACCAGUUGUGUUUCACUCACAGGCCCGACAGCCAGAUGCAGGCCGACGUGUUGGAGGACCAGGAUGUUGAGCCUGACGAGGAGCCCGAGACGGGCAAGUCGGAGGCUGAGGAUGACGAGGACGAGGUGGACGACCUGCCCAGCUCCCGGCGAGCCUGGCGCGGCCCCAUCUCCCGCAAGGCCAGCCAGACCAGCGUGUACCUGCAGGAGUGGGACAUCCCCUUUGAGCAGGUGGAGCUGGGCGAGCCCAUCGGGCAGGGCCGCUGGGGCCGGGUGCACCGUGGCCGCUGGCACGGUGAGGUGGCCAUCUGCGUGCUGGAGAUGGACGGCCACAACCAGGACCACCUGAAGCUGUUCAAGAAGGAGGUGAUGAACUACCGACAGACACGGCACGAGAACGUGGUGCUCUUCAUGGGCGCCUGCAUGAACCCCCCGCACCUGGCCAUCAUCACCAGCUUCUGCAAGGGGCGGACUUUGCACUCAUUUGUGAGGGACCCCAAGACGUCUCUGGACAUCAACAAGACCCGGCAGAUCGCCCAGGAGAUCAUCAAGGGCAUGGGCUACCUGCACGCCAAGGGCAUCGUGCACAAGGACCUCAAGUCCAAGAACGUCUUCUGCGACAACGGCAAAGUGGUCAUCACGGACUUCGGGCUGUUCGGGAUGUCGGGGGUGGUCCUCGAGGGCCAGCGAGAGAACCAGCUGAAGCUGUCCCAUGACUGGCUGUGCUACCUGGCCCCCGAGAUCGUGCGGGAGAUGACGCCCGGGAAGGACGAGGACCAGCUGCCCUUCUCCAGAGCCGCUGAUGUCUAUGCAUUCGGGACCGUUUGGUAUGAGCUGCAGGCGAGAGACUGGCCCUUCAAGAUCCAGCUGGCUGAGGCCUUGAUCUGGCAGAUUGGAAGCGGCGAGGGAAUGAAGCGCGUGCUGGCCUCUGUCAGCCUGGGGAAGGAAGUCACCGAGAUCCUGUCCGCCUGCUGGGCAUUCGAGCUGCAGGAGAGGCCCAGCUUCACCAUGCUCAUGGACAUGCUGGAGAAGCUGCCCAAGCUGAACCGGCGACUGUCCCACCCGGGCCACUUCUGGAAAUCCGCUGACAUGAGCAGCAGCAAGGUGGCGCCCCGCUUUGAAAGGUUUGGCCUAGGCAUCCUGGAGUCCACCAACCCAAAGAUGUAGCCAGCCGGGCAGUGCCUCUCCCGGCUCCUUUCCCCUUUAAACGUAUUUGUAAGACACCCAGACACCUACCGAGAUGACUGCGGGGCACCACCCUCUGCACCACCCUCUCCGACUCCUCAGUGGAUGUGGAGCCACACCCCCGGCCCAGCGGUGCCAUACCUGCGUGCCAGGAGUGAGGCCUGCGCCAGCGUUUACAUGAGUGUCCCAGCAGGCGAGCGUGCUGGGCCCGGGGGGCAUGGAGGGGCCCACGCUGGGCCCUGAGGAAGGAAAGAAAACCUCCUGAUGGUGUUUUGUCUUAGAGUCACAUGGACACCCAUGGGGUCCGACUGCCUCUGCUCCAAUGCCCCGUCACUGGGGCACCUUCCCCAGAUUCUCCCUUGGUCCUUCCCAUGAUUUGUCCCUUCCUCCAUCAGGGCUGGGGUGCCCUGCUCCCGGAACCCAGCUGGAUUGGGGGUGAGGAGUUCCCCAAGAACUCCACCCCACCCCGCUCAUACCUGCAGGAAAGGUUGAGACAGAACCAGUAACAUGGGGACUGAUGCAGGGGGCAGGGCCGGGCCGCUGCAGGGAGAGACGUUUCCUGUAGCCUCAGAAAAGCACCAGAGACACAAACGAGUCCUGGCAUGUGCCCCCAGAACCGUGGCCCAGCUCUCUCCCUGGAAGGUUUGGUGGACAGCAAGGCCCCCAUCCCCCCACCACCCACAUUCAGGGGGCCCUGCCCAUGUUGACCACAGGGAGUCAUUCACCCAGAGCCUUGAGCUGAGCCGAGGGUCUGAAGGGGCCUCGGCCUUCUCAUCUGCUGGCCCUGCAAACCCACAGACCUUCAGAGCAUAGCCAAGCACCAAGCUGGGCCUCUUUAAUAUCUGUUGGAACCAGCAGGAGAGGCUGGUUUGGGGUAUUUUGUGGGCGAGAAGCUUCUGUCCCCUGGAAAAGCAUUCUCGGCCCCAGAGCGCCUCGCAGCCCGUGGGAGGCCCGGGGCCCAUCCCCACACCAGAAGAGAGACAUAGAGGCAAGAAGGCCCCAGAACCAGGGAGGGUGCCAGGAGUGACAGGAGGUGAAGGCGGACUCAGCCCGCUCUGCUCCGAGCUGCCCUGGGGGACAGGUACAUCCAGAAGCUCCCUGGAGUCAUGUCAGAACAGUCUAGAACACAGACCGUGGGCGUCUGAGCAGGCGUCCCAGGGUCUCGAGACUCCCAGCUGAGAUGGGCCCAUUCCCUUCUCCCCGCCAGCCCUCCGUGACCUCCCAUCACCACAGAGACGUGCCAUCUGUCCACCACCUUGGUGCAGUCAGCUCCAGGAUUCGAGAGGUCACGGUGGGCUGUCUACUCCCACCCCUGCCCGGACACACAUACAGGCCCCCACCUCCAAAACCACAGCCUGCGGGGGGAGCCCAGGGCCGGAGGUUCCUCCCAGCAGCCCCUCAGCCCCAGGCCGUGAUGCAGGUUUAGCAUUUUACAAGCCGCUCGACUCUGUGCCUUGUGCACAUGUUGGGGACCCAGGGACCGAGCAGUCACAGCCCCUCAGGAACAACACCUCCCGCGCCUGAGAUCUGCCAGGAGCCCGCCAUGGAGCCCUGGUGCCGGGACCCCGGUCCUCUCUGGGCCCAGGUCGACUCCUGCAGCCCACUGGGCCCCGGCCUGCUGUUAUUUUCAUUGGGAGGAGGCAGAGCACACCGGCAUGUGUGUGAGAGGCCCUGGGUGCCAGGGAGCCCCCCCCAACACACACACACACACACACACACACACACACACACACACACACAGAAGCUCAGAAGGUAGCGUUUGGGGCCUGGCAGACUCGGGCCUACAACACGUGAGGGGCCUGCAGGAACCUUGUGCCACCUGGUCCUCCAGGCACCUGCAGGUGUGACCCCCACCCCCAGACUGAAAGUCACCUGAAGCGCCUUGCUCUGCUCAGCGCCCUCUCUGCUGCUCAAGUGACUGUGAAUAAAGGCGCGGGGACAAGCUGGUCCUUCACACGCCCGCGGCAGCACUCGAGGCCGGCACAUACUGUGAAUUCAACGCCUGCCGCUCACCCUUGUUGAGGGUGGGAGACGCAGGCUGAAAGGGCUCCUUGGUGAUGGUCGGGGAGACCCCCCCCUCCGCACAGUUCCCAGCCUCAGAGCCCUAGGUGUGCCCUCAGCGCCUUCAGCCCCCAGAGCCCCGGCCCCAAGCUUCCAUCCAACUCAGACUUGGGUCCUAAUGAGUUUCUAGCCAGUGGAGAGCCGAGUGGCCUGCGGGGGCACCACCGGGUCAAAGGGGUCCCCCCAGCCCCCUCAUGGUGUUUUCUGAGCUCACAAUGGUGUUCUCUAUGGGGUUGG